AUCAUCCACAUCAUGAAAUGCAACUUGUAAUCAUAAAUAAUGAGAGGGCGAUAAGUUUGUUGUUUUUGUUGUUUGCGUUACUCAUGAUGACAAUCAAAUUAUGAUUAUCACCAAAAUGCUUCAUUAGCAACAACGGAAAAAUCUAUGAAUGAUGAUAAUGGGCUAUAAACCAUAGAAUAUCACAUUACCUCCCAUGGAAAGGAAAAAAACGUAAAUAUUUUUCAAAUAAAUGAGAAAAAUAUAGACUCUCAACCAAUAAUUCAAAUUUCACUAAUUCAGUGUCCAAAUAUUUAUGAGAAAUCCUUUACCAAGAAAACAUAAUUUUCACAACCCAGUGGCAGAUAUUGCCAACUGUUUUUCUGUUUUUAAAAAAUUUUAACCAAAUUUCACAUUGUAAUCGACAUGAUUGAUGGCUUACCAGAGAGAAAAGAUAAUCAAUUGUGUAAGAGACCAAAUGGACCGAAUAAAUGAUAUUUGAGAUAUGUCAAAAAAAAUGAAACAAGAAACAUAUCUUGUUUGGUUUCAGUUGAAUGGUUACGUCGUUAUCAUUAUCAUCAACAGGAUGAAACGAGAAAAAAUUAUUAAUAUAAAUGAAUGGUGAUUGGAACGAAAAAAAUUGUCAUCUUGGCAUGUGUUGUUACACAACCGCAAUCUUGAUCACAGAUGAAAAGAACAAUCUCGAUUGAUUCAGUUGGUUUUAAACUUGUUUGAAAUAUUGUGACAUAUUGGUGUUGGAUCAAUCAAUUCGAAUUGAUCGUAUCAAAGUCAAAACAACAAUAAUCUAAAACAUGUGGAAACGGCUACAAUAUUUAUGGAAAAAAGUUUUACCGCAACAAGUGAUUCGAAUUGUUAUUUUGUGUAUUGCAACAGUGACCGUUGUAUUCGAUAUAAUUACUUUGCCCAUCUAUUUAUUAUGGCAUAAGCCAUGGCGUCUAUGGCAUCUCAUCUAUCGAAAUCGUUCGCUUCAAGAUGUUGAUUAUCCAGAUGAUUUGGUUCGAAAAUCUACGCGCACACAUUUACCUGAAUUUUACCUAGACGAUUGUCAAACAUUGGAUGAAGCAUUCGAAAAAGGUUAUGAAAUUUUCGGACCUCAACAUUCAUGCCUAGCUUGGCGUCCUAUUCUACAGCGUGAAUCGAACAAACAAAAUGAUAUAAACAUACCGUAUCGAUAUAAACUAGGCGAGUAUCAAUGGAUGACUUGGAAAACAUUAAUUGAUUCUAUCAAUCAAUUCGGUAGCGCCUUACGUCGAAUGCUUUCAGCUCAAAAAGGAGACAGAAUCGUCAUUUAUGCUGAAACAAGUUAUCGAUGGUUCAUUUCAGCUCAAGCCAUUAUCAAGAAUGGUUCUGUUGUUGCCACAUUAUAUCCGACAUUGGAUAAUCAAGGAGUUUAUGAUGCAAUUAAAGAAUGUGAAACCACAAUCAUUGUAACCACUAACCAACUUCUCAAAAAAUUGAUUGAACAUCCACGUAAAAGUGAAAUUUUUCAACAAUUGCGUUAUCUUAUUGUUUUAGACCAAAAGGAAGGACAAUAUGAAAGUAACAAGGACAUUGAACGUUUCAAUUUGGAAUUGAACAAUAAUAAUCAAAAUGAUGUUCAAAUCAUCACUUAUGAACAGAUGCUCCAAGCUGGUGAAAAAAAUUUUAAUUUUACAAAAAAUGACCCGGAUGAUUUAGCAGUCAUUAUGUACACUUCUGGUUCUGGUGGCCGACCCAAGGGUGUUUUAAUGACACAGCGAAACAUCAUAGGAUUGUUCAAAGGAUGUAUCGGAUUGCUCGAGUUUUUCUUGCACGAAACAUGCCGUCACGUAUAUAUUGCAUACCUACCGUUAGCUCACAUUCUCGAAUUCGGUGUCGAAACAUUUGUCAUUUUACUUGGUGCUCGCAUCGGUUAUUCAAGUCCACAUACAUUAACCGAUUUGAGCGCAGCAUUAAUGCCUGGCUGUAAAGGUGAUGCUACAUUGUUGCGACCUACAGUUAUGGCCUGUGUUCCUUUGGUUCUAGAUAGAAUACGAAAAACCAUCUUGACCAGACUAAAUCAACGUGGGUUGUUGGCUGUUAAAUUAUUCGAAUUCAUUGUUGAAUACAAAUAUUUCUGGAUGGCAAAAGGCUUCCAGACACCUUUAUUGGAUCACAUUUUCCUUCGUAAGUUCAACGAAUUAUUGGGUGGCAAUCUGAUUGGUAUGUUAUCGGGAGGGGCUCCAUUGGCCCCAGAUACUCAGAAAUUGAUUCGAGCUUGCAUGAACAUCAUAUUUAUACAAGGCUAUGGCUCAACCGAGACUGUUGGCGGUGGUUUGUUCAUGGAUACACAUGAUUACUCAUUGGGAAAAGUUGGUGGACCACAAUUUGGUACAAAAAUCAAAUUAGUAGAUUGGACGGAAGGUGGAUACACAAUAACCGAUAAACCGAAUCCUCGUGGGGAAAUUCAUUUGUCCUGUGAAUCAUUAUCGAUUGGUUAUUUCAAAUUGAAAGAUGUGGAUCGUAAAGCCUAUUAUGAAGAUCAUCUAGGCAUUCGAUGGUUUCGAACAGGCGAUGUGGGUGAAAUGUUCCCGAAUGGUUCGUUCAAGAUAAUAGAUAGGAAAAAGGAUUUUACUAAGCUUCAAUUUGGCGAAUAUAUUUCCCUUGGUAAAGUGGAAACUAAACUUAAGACUUCGUAUUUGAUCAAUCAAAUUUGUGUGCUUGCCGAUUCUAUGCGUGAUCAUUUAAUCGCUAUUGUUAUUCCAAAUCAAAAAGCAAUUGAACGGAUUUGGACAAGACAAAUUGCCAACAAAUGUCAAAACAAUGAACGUGAAAAUUUGAAUCUAAAUAAUCAAAAACUACUGCAAAUAUUCAGAAAAAAGAUGAUAAUACAUGCUCGCCUGAAUGGUCUACGUCGUUAUGAAAUUCCUAAACAUUAUCUGUUGGUGCAAGACGAAUGGACAGCUGAAAAUGGUUUAGUUACCGCAAGUUUCAAAUUGAAACGAAAACAAAUUCAACAUUUUUAUCAAGAAAUGAUUGAACAAAUAAUAGUUGAAAAUUGUGAAUGAAUUAUCUAUUGUUAAUGAUCAGAAUUCGUUUUAAAUUUGAAUUUUGUUGACACUAGACUUCAUGCAAGAAGGGGCCGUCGAAUAAACGGCUGAUAGCGUCAUCAUCAUCAUCAUCAUCGGCUUUACAUUGAUCAUUUUGAAUUUGAAUUUUAAAUUUCAUUAUUAUUAUUUGAUCCAUUGAGAUUGUAUUAUGUAUUCCAAACAUGUUCAUGUGACGGCUACUGCUUUGGAAAAAAUUCCAUGUUAACGAUACUUAAAUAAUAAUAUUUAGCAAAAAAAAAACUCAUGUUGAUCUUGUCAAUUUUUAGUAAAUCCUUUUGGAUUUAUAAGUUUAUCAAGAAUAUCGAAUUUCAGACAUAAAUAUAAAAAUGAUUCUGAAAAAUUUGCCGGACAUUAUGACGCGAUAACAAGAGAAAAUAAACUUGAAGU